GACAAAACUAUGGUCUAAUACAUAACUUAAAGCAUAACUAGCCGCUGCUAAAAAUUCUAAACAAUUCACAGCGGAAUUGGAGUCGUCCAGGUUCAUCAGCCCGCCCUAUAACUAUAAAACGUAGUCCCAAUUCAUCCUUCACUACAUACCCAUCCAUACAAUUAAACAAGAAAAACCAUCCUACGAGUUUCAAAGCAAUUUGAUCCGAUCAAAAAAAAAAAAAUGGCGAAAAGAGUAGCCUUUUUAUUUGUUGCCAUGGUUUUCAUGGCCAUGAUGACCACCUCAUGGGGUCGUGAGUUUCGACUUGCAGAAAAACCAAAGCACACGAAGAUUCACGUGUUUCUUAACAACAUCCAGACCCUGAAUCCUCUGCCGAGCGAGACGGUAGCUCAGGCGAGCACUACCGCCUCGUCGCCAACAGGAUUCGGGAGGGUGCUCGGGGUAGAUGCUCCGAUGACUGAGGUUUCCAUGUCGGAGGACAUCAACGCCAAGGUUGUCGGUCGGAUUCAAGGGCUCGCUAUAUCAGCCGGACAUGCCGAAUUUGCUGGCGUUGAUCUCCUCACCUUCGUUUUCAACGAAAACGGCCCGUACAAGGGUAGCACUCUCACCGCUGUUGGCCGUGUUAUGCCGGCUUUGACAGAGUGGACCGAAAUCAAUCACCUUAUCAUCGUCGGCGGGACAGGCCUUUUCCAGAGGGCUCAAGGACGUAUUAACUCCAGGACUGUGUUUGUUGAUCCCAAACGCGGAGAUGUUUCUGAGCUGAAGUUGGACUUCAUUCAUUACCCACCUACCGCUAAAACACAUUGAUGAAUGAUUCAAGAGUAUCAUUCUUUGUUCUCUCAUAUGUGCCGUGCAAUAUAUUUCUAUCAUCAAUGUUAAUUCGUGUGUCCCUGGUGUAAUCUUUUUUUUUUUCUCCUUUUUUCUUAGGUUGUUAUUGCUGUUUUUUUCUCUUGUUGAAAAAUUUCCAAUGUAAUUAAUAAAGUGAUACGAGCAACUCCGAUGCGUAUCGGUGUAUAUGGUUUUUACUUGAGUUUGUCUAAUCCUUUGUUCGCAAGUUUUGACCCUGUCCUAUUCUGUGAUGGAAUAACCUUUUAAUAUAUACAUUGGUCGUUAGAAGAUUAAUUUAUUAGGUGGCUGCACUGUAUAAAAGAAAAGCACAGCAG